AUGGUGAAAUCUUCCCGCAAGAAGAAUCCGGCCAAGCGGGAGAGCAAGGAGUUAAACUCUAAGUUGGAAGAGGAAGGGGAGGAGGAAGAAGAAGAUGGAGGAGGUGUGGAAAGACAUGAGCUCGAGCAUAGCCCUCCAUCAAGACAUUCCACCAACCCCCUUGUUCUGCUCCUUCCAGCACAAUAUGACCCUUUCUCUGCCCUCUCCGGCGCCGGGUUCGAUUCCAGCAGGAAGCAAUUGCCGGAUCCGAGCGUGGACUCCCGGGAGAGAAGGAAGAAGAGGAUGAUCAAGAACCGGGAGUCUGCUGCUCGAUCUAGAGCUAGGAAACAGGCCUACACAAAUGAGCUUGAGAAAGAAGUCGAUCGCUUGCUGAACGAGAACCACAUGCUAAAGAGACAGUAUGAGCAGCUGCGUUUGGAAAUGGCUGCUCAUAAUCUGAUAACGCCUUGCAAACGCAAGCUGUAUAGAACUUUGACUGCUCCAUUUUGAGUGAGAGGAGUAAUCAAGGUUUGUUCACAAGUAUGAUGAUCUUUGCCUCGGCUUGCAAAUUAUUUUCCUUUUGGUGUACAAACACUACGAUUUUUUUUUUUGUCUUCAUUAGUAUAGUACGGUUAGAUUUCCUUGUAGAUUUGUAAACAAGUGUUAAUUACUUUGUGUAUUUGUUUUUUUUUCAUUAGUAUUGUACGGUUAGAUUUCUUGUUGAUUUGUAAACAAAUGUUAUUUCUUUGUGUAUUUGUGAUGUUUUCUGAGCUC